AUGGCGGCCGUGUCCAAACACCUGACUUCAAUCCACGACUUCCUCGCCUUCCGUGGGGUCUGCAGUUCGUGGCGAUCGGCAGCCACCUUCGACAAUUUCGACGGGGAAGUCCCUAGGGUUCCAUGGCUCAUGUGCGUUUCCAGCGAAGGGGAAGAGAUGGCAAAAGAGGGGAACACUGACGGCGGUGCCAAGAAAGUUGUUGUUAGUUUGUUUGAUCUCUCUACCGAGAAGGCCCGCAUCUUGAACAAUGUCAGCCCGAUGGAUGGAAAAGGGUACCUUUCUAGUCGAGGAUGGAUACUCUGCGUUUCUGAGUGUGACGGCAGUGUCUAUUUGACUCAUCCCGUGUGGCGUAUCAAAAUUGAACUUCCGGGUUUGGGUACUCUUCCGGGGUACACGCUGAAAGAGGGUAUUGGCUAUAUCAAGAAAAUGGUUUUGUCUGGAAGCCCCACAAGAAAGACUGAUCUUGUGGUGAUGGUGAUUUGGGGCAAGCUUAAGCGGCUGGGCUUCUCGAGGCCGGGGGACUUGUCUUGGACCGUGAUGGGUACGUGGAGGGACUCGUUCUGUGAUAUUCUUUACCACAAUCGGAGGUUAUACGCGGUGAAUCUUAGCAAGAGUAUCGUAGAAUGCGAUAUCCACGGGCCGAACCCGACACAUUUGUUGCAGCCGAAGAAUAGUUCUCAGCAGAAGAACAAGGGCAAGGGUGGUGAAACUCUUAUCACUGUCUCAGGUGAUGUAGCAUAUUGCUCUAACCAUGUCCCACAGAAUGAUCCUUUAUUCAUGGCACAGCAUGCGGGUGAUAAUAAUGAUUUUGAUAAUAAUUUUCCUAGAAAACUCAUGCUUUAUUUGGUAAAGUCAUUCGGGAAGUUUCUGAUUGUCAGUCGCUGCAUUGUGAAUAACCGAACUUUCAGAUUUCAAAUUCUUGAAGUUGACUUGAAGGAUGGUAGUCAUAAGAAUAUUAAGCGCCUGUGGAAAACGGCUAUCUUCUUGGGUUUGAAUUCUUCUGUCUGCCUAGAGCUCCCGGAGUGGGGUGUGGUAAAGCCUAAUUAUUUCUUGGGUUUGCUCCCGGAGUGGGGUGUGGUAAAGCCUAAUUAUAUAUACUUCACGGACGAUCAUUCUGGAAAGGGUAAGGGCCUGGAUAUGGGUGUUUGGCAGUUAAUGGGUGGCGUACCCAUGGGUUUACAUCAUGGGUGUUCGGGUGCUUUUCUUGCUCCACCCGUGUGGGUUGUGCCUAGCAUUUGA